GGACUUCACUGAGCUGAUGGUAGCUGCAGUUGACGUCCCUGCUCUACCAGGUACGACUAACAUUAAUUUGGACACAUAUGAGACAGAGCUGCUAGUGGAUUCUCUAUCGUCGGCACUGUUGACGAACAGCAAGGAAAGUGGAAAGGGAGUCCAUCUGGACACAAAUUGGAAGAGACCGUCUUGUCACGCCUUGAUGCGAGUCAAGAAUGGGGAAGGUCUGCUAAAAUUGGUUGGGAGUUUGGACAAGGCCAAGACCAGCGCCUUUGGCAACAUGUCGCUGUACAUCGAGGCCUUCAUGGUCAAGCGCCACUACCCGGAUGACGAAAUCGAUGACUACUGCAAUCAAGGGGCCCUAGUCCGCCUCAUGUACAAAACCUAUGACUACUACAACCAACUUCUUGUUAAGCUGAGGGAACUGCACUACAAGCAUUUCCAACGAUGGGAAGGAAGUCCCGCUGCGGCUCUCCUGGAUCACCAUUCAGAAAAGCUCCUCUUCAUUCAUUUGGUGUAA